AUAAAAUUAAAGCAGACGAUAGAAAAUAUUUUCUCGACUCCGGUUUUAUAAUUCCCUUGGCCACCUGUUGAAUUUUUCUUUCCAAAUAAAAUUUAUUCACUAUUUGAAAUUGUUAUAAAAAUCAGCAAAUUGCAACAAUUACAUUCAUUGUUUCUUUUUGGGUCACGGGGAGAUUUAAUUUUAGUUGCGAGAAGAGAUUCUCUCUAAUCUUCUGCGAUUAUUAUAAAGAAAAUAAAAAAAGAAAACAGUUUUCUUCUAAAUAGCAAUGUCACAAAAAUCGAUUUUGGUCAUUGGAAGCGGUGGAAGGGAACAUGCAAUUUGUUGGAAACUUUCUCAAUCGAAAGAGGUGAAAAAUGUAUUCGUCGCUCCUGGAAAUUGUGGAAUGGCUUUGGAGCCGAAAGUUUCUCUGGUUAAACUCGACAUUAAUGACAAUAAGACUGUCGCCAAGUGGUGCAUGGAAAAUAAAAUAAAUCUAGUCGUCGUUGGUCCCGAGGCUUAUUUGGCAAAUGGAUUAAGUGACGAAUUAAACAAGAACCAAAUUCCAUGCUUUGGACCCGAAAAAUGUGGAGCACAACUCGAAACCGACAAAAAUUGGGCGAAAGCUUUUAUGGACAGACACAAAAUUCCCACUGCAAAUUGGAAAAGUUUCACUGAUUCCGAAGAGGCGAAAAAAUACAUCAAAACGGCAACUUUCAAGGCGUUGGUGGUAAAAGCUUCGGGCUUAGCAGCGGGAAAAGGUGUCGUCGUCGCGGAGAAUAUCGACGAAGCUUGCAAAGCAGUCGACGAAAUUUUGGGAGAGAAAAAAUUCGGCUCCGCUGGAGAGACGAUUGUAGUCGAGGAACUUUUAGAGGGGGAGGAAGUUUCCUUGUUAGCCUUCACUGACGGAAAAACGGUCGUCAAUAUGCUUCCUGCUCAGGAUUACAAGAGAAUUUUUGACAAUGAUCUUGGACCAAAUACAGGAGGAAUGGGAGCUUAUUGUCCUUGUCCUUUUUUGAACGAGGAACAACAGAGGGAAGUGAAGAAAAAUGUUUUGCAAAAAACAAUCGACGGACUUCGAAUGGAAAAUAUUCCAUUUGUUGGUGUUUUGUACGCGGGUCUCAUGAUUACGGAAAAUGGACCAAAAGUUUUGGAGUUCAAUUGUCGAUUUGGCGAUCCAGAGACGCAAAUUCUUCUCCCAUUGCUGAAUUCUGAUCUUUUCACCAUUAUGAUGUCCUGCUGCGAGGGAAAUUUAAAUGAAAAUCUCGUCUCCUGGAGGAGAGAUAUUUUCGGCGUUGGCGUAAUUCUCGCAUCGAAAGGUUAUCCAGAGUCGUCGUCAAAGGGAGAAAUAAUAACUGGCGUUGAAAAUUUAAAUUCCCAUCAGGAUCGUUUGAUAUUUCACAGUGGAACGAAUUUAUCUCCGAGUGGAAAUUUACUGACAAAUGGUGGUCGGGUUUUAAUCACAGUUUCUUUGUCAUCGUCAUUGGCUUCGGCCGCUGCAAAAGCAACGUCGAUGGCGCGAAAUAUUUCCUUCGAGGGAAAACAAUUUCGAACGGACAUUGCACACAAAGGAAUUGCAAGAUCGAUUCUGGAGCAUGGACAAUUAACGUACAAAAGCAGUGGUGUGAAUAUUGAGGCGGGCGAUUCAUUUGUGGAGAAUAUUAAAAAAAUGGUGAGUUCGACAAAAAGAACAGGAGUUUUGGGAAGUAUCGGAGGAUUUGGCGGUUUAUUCGACGCGAAAGUUGCCGGCUAUCAGGAACCACUUUUAGUCUCUGGAACCGAUGGCGUUGGAACCAAAUUGAAAAUAGCGUUCGAAUGCGACAAGCACAAUUCAGUUGGAAUCGAUUUGGUCGCAAUGUGCGUGAACGAUGUUCUUGCUCAUGGAGCCGAGCCAUUAUUUUUCCUCGACUAUUUUGCCUGCGGAAAAUUGAAUAUCGAGAGAGCAGCGGAAGUUGUCAGUGGAAUUGUCAAAGGCUGCAAACAAGCCGGAUGCGCACUGGUGGGAGGAGAAACUGCGGAGAUGCCGGAAAUGUACAAAGAGGGAGAAUACGAUUUGGCUGGAUUCGCCGUGGGAGCAGUUGAGAAAAAUCAUUUAAUGCCAAGAAGAAAUGAUAUGAAAUCAAAUGACAUUGUCAUUGGACUUCCAUCGAGUGGAAUUCACAGCAAUGGUUUUAGUCUCGUUAGGAAAAUCAUGAAAUUAGCCGAUAAAUCCUACAACGAUCAGACGCCGUUCUCGAAUAAAACGUUUGGUGAAGAAUUUCUAACGCCGACGAAAAUCUAUUCAAAGGGCGUUCUUCCCGCUUUGAGGACAAAUUUAGUUAAAGGAUUCGCUCACAUAACUGGCGGAGGAUUAACGGAAAAUAUUCCUCGUAUUUUGCCGGAUAAUAUUUCCGUUUCGUUGAAUGCGAAAAAAUGGAUAAUUCCGUCUGUUUUUGGCUGGCUCGCCACUAUUGGCGGAAUCAAUAAAGCGGAAAUGUUACGAACAUUUAAUUGUGGAAUUGGUGCUGUUCUGGUUUGUGCGCCAGAAGAUGAGAAAAUUGUUCUUGAAAAAUUAAAAGGCGAAAAUCCCAUUGUCAUUGGAAAAUUGACACAUUUCAAUGAUAAUGUGACGCGGGUGGAAGUGAAUAAUUUCGAGGAGGCAAUGGAUGGUGAAAUGAGAAAACACGUGAAGCCACUUGUGGAGAAAUUGUCGAAGCCAUUGAAAAAAGUUGGCGUUUUAAUAUCGGGCAGUGGAACUAAUCUUCAGGCAUUAAUUGACGCGACUUUGGAUCCAUUGCAACAUAUUGGAGCCGAAAUUGUUCUCGUCAUUUCCAAUAAACCGGACGUCGAGGGCUUGAAGCGCGCCCAGAAAUUUGGAAUUCCCACUAAAGUCGUAAAGCAUACAAAUUAUCCGACUCGCGAGGAAUUUGACGAGGCAAUGGACCUGGAAUUGCGAAAUUGCGGAGUGGAAAUUGUUUGUCUCGCUGGAUUUAUGAGAAUUCUUUCGGCGAAAUUCGUUCACAAAUGGAAAGGAAAAAUGCUAAAUGUCCAUCCAUCGCUUUUACCAUCUUUCAAAGGUUCACACGCGCACAAGGAUGUUCUCGCUGCCGGUGUUCGAGUUUCCGGUUGCACCGUUCAUUUUGUCGAGGUGGACAUUGAUUCAGGUGCAAUAAUCGAACAAGAAACAGUUCGCGUUUUACCAAAUGACACUGAAGAAACUCUCCAGGAACGUGUGAAAAAAGUUGAACAUUUGGCUUUUCCAAAAGCUCUCAAACACCUCGCGACGGAAAGAAUUUUCCUCAGAAAUGAUGGAACCUUAGAAUGGAAAUUUUAAAUUAUCAAAAAAAAAAAAAAAAAAAACAUUUUAAUAUCCAGAAAAUAAUGUAUUUUUUAAUUUUGUACAUUUUUAUCAUAAUUAUACACAACACAG